AUGGCGCCCCUUGCCGGAGUGCCAGGCUCUUAUCACCACUCCUCCAACAAGAUCACGAAAUCACGAUCCAAGAUGGUCAAGCCCAUGCUGAAGAAAGUCAUUGUCACCUCACCCAAGAACUCGCUCGACCUGGACAGGGGUUGGGACGACCACACCAGCGUCUAUGAUCCGCCUGCCCGUACGAGCAUGUCGCGGUCCGUCCGGGACACCGGCCUGCCCGGCUCAACAUGGGAGCCCUCGACCUUUCCCAGCGGCCCAGGUGCGGGCUCCGGUUCGGCCUGUCCCUCGUCGGGCACAGCAACGCCUGUUGCCGGGCUCGAGAUCAGGAGGAAGCAGCACACCCGCACCACCUCGGGCACCAGCUCGAUAGGUACAAACGGGAGCGGCCACCGGCACGGCGGGGGCUUCGUCCACCCCUUCCAGCAACACCAGACACCGCGCACAAACACCCCGCCACUGACCUACGCCAACUCCUUCACCUCGUUCGAGCGCGACAACCCCCCCAGGGACUACUCGCCCACCAUCAUCACCGAGAACGACGACGACGACCUGGACGUCGCCGGCUCCACCCCGCUCUCCACCUCAAUGUCAUCCCACCUGCACCGGCCACAGCCCAGCAACAGCCACUCUACCACCAGCCUGAGGCGACCCUCGCUCGCCAGCCAGCGCACGCCAUCUCUGACAGACUUCAACAGCAACGUCAACAACAACCCGCCCCUGCGCGUCAACACGACCCCCUUCUCCCGCUCCCACCCCUCCGCGCCCUCCCGGCUCGCACAUGGAUCCCUCAACACCUCGUAUUCGCACUCUGACCUGCAAAUCAACGGCGCCAGCCCCUCCGACUCGCCGCGGCCGUCCCUGACGCUGGGGAGCCCCAGCACCUCUGCCGCGCCCAUGUCGCCCCUGCGCACCAGCCUCGAGGGGACCUUCCGCAUCCGGUCCCGCAGCGAGGUCGACACCGGCGUCAGCCGCGAGGACAUCCGGGAGGCCAGGCGCAAGUUCGAGGAGAACGAGAGGCUGAAGCAGGAGAAAUACGAGUCGGAGCAGCGCAGGAAGAGGGAGCGCAAGGAUAGCAAGAUGGAGAAGGCCGCUUCACGUAGGGCUACGGGCGCCAGCGACAUGCCCAGCAUCGGGAGGCCGUCUUUCUCGCGGAAACGGACACCACCGCCUCUGAGCCCCACCGUCAGCAGCCGCCACACCCACACCCGGGCUUCCGAGUCACCCAGGCAAGCGACCAUCAACGAGAAGGUCCAGAGGCCCGGGUCCGCGCUCAUAGGAAGCAAUUAUGAGGGGACUGAGGACGGCACGACGGGGCCGGACAUCAACGAUGUGCGGUUUGGGACGCCAAAGCGCGCUCACACGGCCAAGAGGAGGACACAGAGCUACUGGACCUCAUUCAUGCUUUGGCUUCGGACCCGCCUGUUGAAGCUGGGGAGGCGAUAG